GUGGGAAGAACGAAUUUCCGCCGGUUUGCUCGCUCCACGCCGACAUGGGUCCCUUCCGGACGCUGCUUGCGCGUCCCCCAGGCUGCUCACUCCGGCUGCACUCCCAAUCCCCCCGGAUCGCGAGCGGGCAGGCGCCGGAGACGUGGGCCUAGCGGCCGGUACUCUGCAGCCAAGCCGCACCCCAGCAGCUCUUGGAAGGGAUCCCGCCUGCAGCGGGGGAAUCCGUUUGGCGGGGAGAAUCCGCGCCAGGGAAUCCAGCUCUCCGGACUCCAGAGCAAACAAAAAGCACCAACUCUUGCUCGCUCCUCCCGCCCCCGACGCUCACCCGAAGAAACAGUUUUCUGCAGAAAUGCAACAAGUAGCACCCCAGAUUCGCCGAGCGCCCAGCGCCUUCUGAUUUGGCUCCGCGAACUUGGCCUGCGGAGACCCGGGCGAGCCACCGGGACAAAGAGGAAGGGCUGGACGGAGCACCAGCGAAGUACGAAAGAGGCCUUUUUAGCGACUCAGGCCCGGCCGAGGGGAAUGCAGAGGAGACACAGAGCCGGCCGGCCCAGAAGACGAUCCGGCCGCAGCGCGCUGGGCGGGCGGCGAUGGAGGGUGUGGGUGCCGUGCGCUUCUGGCUCGUGGUGUGCGGCUGCCUGGCGUUCCCGCCGCGGGCCGAGUCCGUGUGCCCGGAGCGCUGCGACUGCCAGCACCCCCAACAUCUCCUAUGCACCAACAGGGGACUUCGCGCUGUACCCAAGACCAGCUCGCUGCCUAGUCCCCAGGACGUGCUCACCUACAGCCUAGGCGGCAACUUCAUCACCAACAUCACCGCCUUCGACUUCCACCGUCUGGGGCAGCUCAGACGGCUGGAUCUGCAGUACAACCAGAUCCGUUCUCUCCACCCCAAGACCUUCGAGAAGCUCUCACGACUAGAGGAGCUGUACCUGGGGAACAACCUCUUGCAGGCGCUCGUUCCUGGCACGUUGGCUCCGCUGCGCAAGUUGCGCAUCCUUUACGCCAACGGCAACGAGAUUGGACGCCUGAGUCGCGGGUCCUUCGAGGGCCUGGAGAGUUUGGUCAAGCUACGGCUGGACGGGAACGUGCUGGGAGCGCUGCCGGACGCGGUCUUCGCUCCCCUGGGCAACCUGCUCUACCUACACCUGGAAUCUAACCGGAUCCGUUUUUUGGGCAAGAACGCCUUCAGCCAGCUGGGUAAGCUUCGAUUCCUCAAUCUCUCGGCCAACGAGCUGCAACCCUCUCUGCGCCACGCGGCCACCUUUGUCCCUCUGCGCUCCCUCUCUACUCUCAUCCUCUCAGCCAACAGCCUACAGCACCUCGGCCCCCGCGUCUUCCAGCACCUGCCACGCCUAGGCCUGCUCUCCCUCAGUGGAAACCAGCUCACGCACCUCGCCCCAGAGGCCUUUUGGGGACUGGAGGCCCUACGUGAGCUGCGCCUGGAAGGUAACCGGCUGAACCAGCUCCCCCUGACACUGCUGGAGCCUCUGCACAGCUUGGAGGCACUAGACCUGAGUGGCAAUGAGCUUUCUGCUCUGCACCCUGCCACCUUUGGCCACCAGGGCCGGCUCCGUGAGCUCAGCCUGCGCGACAACGCGCUCAGCGCCCUUUCUGGGGACAUCUUUGCCGCCAGUCCGGCUCUCUACCGGCUGGAUCUAGACGGCAAUGGUUGGACCUGCGACUGCCGGUUGCGGGGUCUGAAACGCUGGAUGGGCAACUGGCAUUCUCAGGGUCGCCUCCUUACGGUCUUCGUGCAGUGUCGCCACCCCCCGGCCCUGCGGGGCAAGUACCUGGAUUACCUGGAUGACCAACUGCUGCAGAAUGGGUCUUGCGUGGAUCCCUCACCUUCCCCUACAGCAGGCAGUAGGCAGUGGCCGCUACCCACAUCGUCAGAAGAGGGGAUGACGCCCCCUGCAGGCCUCUCGCAGGAGCUACCACUGCAGCCGCAGCCGCAGCCCCAGCAGCGGGGAAGACUUCUACCAGGAGUGGCCUGGGGUGGGGCUGCCAAGGAACUGGUGGGCAACCGCAGCGCAUUAAGGUUGAGCCGGCGGGGACCAGGUCCCCAUCAGGGCCCCUCUGCUGCGGCUCCGGGCUCUGCCCCACAGUCCUUGGACCUGCACGAGAAGCCGGGGAGAGGACGUCACACCCGAGCCAAUCUCUCCCAGACGGAGCCCACCCCGACGUCUGAGCCCGCCUCUGGGACACCAUCUGCCAGAGACAGCUGGCAGCGCGCAGCAAAGCAGCGCCUAGCGUCCGAGCAGCAAGAGAGCGCAGUCCAGUCCGUUAGUGGGGUUGGUUUGCCACCUCUGGUGUCUGACCCCUGUGACUUCAACAAAUUCAUUCUGUGCAACCUGACAGUAGAGGCGGUGAGCGCCAACAGCGCCUCGGUGCGCUGGGCGGUUCGCGAACACCGCAGUCCCCGGCCGCAGGGCGGCGCACGCUUCCGCCUGCUUUUCGACCGCUUUGGCCAGCAGCCCAAGUUCCAGCGCUUCGUCUACCUGCCGGAGCGCAGCGACUCGGCCACGCUGCACGAGCUGCGCGGAGACACCCCCUACCUAGUAUGCGUGGAGGGUGUGCUCGGGGGUCGCGUUUGCCCCGUGGCCCCCCGAGACCACUGCGCAGGGUUAGUAACCCUGCCAGAGGCAGGAGGUCGAGGUGGCGUCGACUACCAGCUCCUGACCUUGGUCUUGCUGGCUGUCAACGCGCUUCUGGUGCUCCUGGCACUGGCAGCCUGGGGAUCGCGAUGGCUGCGGAGGAAGCUGCGUGCCAGGCGGAAGGGAGGGGCCCCGGUCCACGUUCGCCACAUGUACUCCACCCGACGGCCACUGCGCUCCAUGGGCACUGGUGUGUCCGCGGACUUCUCAGGCUUCCAGUCGCACCGUCCCCGCACCACCGUGUGCGCGCUCAGCGAGGCCGACCUCAUUGAGUUCCCCUGCGACCGCUUCAUGGACAGCACCGGCGGUGGUACCAGUGGCAGCUUGAGGCGGGAGGAUCACCUCUUGCAAAGAUUCGCUGACUAGGCAAUGCCUUGGGAUCUCACAGGCCUUAAGGAGCCACUCUCCGUGGUCCCAUGCCUUCUCAGAGGAAGAACUAGUUUUAUUAGACUUGUUCUUUCUCCCUUUUGUGCAUUUGCCAAGUGAAAUCUAGAUGUGAAAGUGAAUCUAGAUGCCAUCCAUCACGUCCUGGUAAUCACAAAGCAAAUGGAUGGUUCUUGGUGGUCUAACCCAAGAGUGGGGACAAAUGAAUAAUGGCGUAAAAGUGGGAAACCUUGACACACUUAGCUCAUGGCUCCUGUGACUUUCAGCACAGUAGCCUGCUGACCUUGGGCUAGAAAGGGUGCUUUACGCUCCCAGCAUGACCAGAACGCUCUGGUGUGUAUACACACUCCUUUGCUCUAUGGCAAACUGAGUUCUGUUUCUAGUUAAGAAAAGGGGGACUUGCCACCAUCACAGUGAUCCCCAUCAGCAACUGACCCCACUGAUCUGGUGGGUUCUGCCAAGACCGGCAGGGUAAACAAACAGGUACCACUCUCUCCCGGGAACCCUUUCUUCUGUUGUCUGGGAGAGCAUCUAGGAAGCCUUAAGGAAAAGCUACCUGUGUCAACAAUAUGAAGAGGAUUUAACAAGCUGACCAAUAAACUCAGACUCUUUUGAUAGGACUGGACCUCCUCUCUAUCGUUUUAUCAGUUAGGGAAAUGACCUUUUGCUGACCUUUGGGUAACUGAUAAUAUCCUCAGGAGAAGGCAGCAUUUAAUACUUCUCCACCAGGCUUGCGCCUGUGGUUUUACCUUAUUUUUUUUUUUAAAUCUAUACAUGGGAAAAAAUCGAAUGCCAGAUUUGAUCUUUUAAAAAGAAAAAAGAAUGCGAUAUGUGUGUGUGUGUGUGUGUGUGUGUGUGUGUGUAACCAGUGACUCCCUAGGGCACUGCAGCCUUCCAGUUCGCUUACCACAUUUCUGAUAGCAUGCCUAGACGGGUGUGAAUGUGACCUACAUCUUACGACAGUUCAGCAGUGUCCCCCAUCCCCUUCUUGACAGCACCCAUUUCUGAGUUGCACGGUUAGGCAUUAAGCGUAAGGUAAUUGUCAGGCUUGGGGCAGGGGGCAGUGAGCUCAGUGGUGGAGCUUGCUUGUGGGGCUCUGAGUUUGUCCCAAACAAACAAAGCAAUGGGUGAAUUGUCUGUAAUCUCUGACCACAUCACUGUCGCUCUUUAUAAGAAAUAGAACAGGAGAAGAAAACUGUAGGGAACAAAUGUGAAAACAAACAAACAAACAAAAAAACAAAAAACCCACAGUAGCGAAUAUGUGUUUCUACUAAACCCAGAAGAACAUGUGCAUUCAACUGUCACUGUGAAAUAAUUAUAUAUUUUACAAAUUAAUUAUUCCAAUAGCCAGUAUCUUACUGUGUUAUUAAACCUUAUCUUUUAGUAGUAGAUGCAGUAUUUCUUUUCUUUUUAUGUUUUAUUUUUAAUUUAGGAUUAGCCUCUUGUAUUUGUUUAGUUGUGUUUUUAGCUAUUUGGGAUACUUUUCUCCCUUGAUAUUUAUGAAGUCCACGUUUAUGAUUAAAUAUAGUGGCUGGGUUCACAUUAAUAAUUCGUGUGUGGUCCACAUACACGUGCUAAGAGGAUGUACACUGUGGUAUAGUCACCGUGGUUAUGGAUUUAUUGGCAGUGGGGGACUGUGCAGUGCAGGUCAGCCAGUUCUAUGGCUAACAGUGACUCUUCUGUUCCAGGCCUCAGGCCCCUGAGGGUCCCAAUGACUCAGGGAACCCAUCACAGUCCAGGGCCCUUCACCACGAUCACUCUUUAUGUUUGGCCUACGUGAGCCAUGCUGCCUUGUCUCAGCAGCUGAAGACCUGGGGGUCUAAAUGAGCCGGUCUUUGUUUAUGUCCAGCAUGAGUAAAAUGUCCAGACCACUUAAGCCACAGCUGCUUUUCUGGCAGUCUUAUCUGCAGGGACGAAACUUAAUAAACCACAGGAAAUAAGACUGUCAUUCCGUGUUUGCUGCCAGGCCUUGUUUUACAUCCACAGUGCAUGGUGCAUGGGAGCUGGGGCUGUUCGCUCUUAGUUUCAACCCACAGGCUAUCUGGCACCUCCUGUAGAACUCGCAAUUUUUCAUGCACAGCACAGUUGCCUCUCUUAGCUGUUUCAUUUACACAGUGUAAAACUGAGACCCGUUGAAAGUAUGGAAAAGACCACUGAUUCUGUUUACCAUCUGCCUUGCCCAACUGUAGACUGUCACCAAAACCCUUUAAUGCCUGGACUUAAAAAAAACAGUCUCACUGAAAAGUCUUUUCAGUGAGAAAUGGAUAAAUGUUAUACAUUGUUACAUUCAAUUAUGUCAAUAAACCCACAUACUGAUAGA